UAUUCACUGUUUAUCAACAGUCUUGACAAUAUUAAAUUGAUCUUUAAAUUAAGUAAAAUGCAGCCGAAACUGUGUCGAGCGUGUGGAAAGUGCACAAAUGUCGAAAGGUCCAUAAAUAUGUUUGAGGAACUUAAUCAAUCUAUAUUGGAACACCUCACAUUGCUAACAGGAGUUUCGUUCGAAAACUGUACAGUUUUACCGAAUCUAUUGUGUAUUUACUGCCAAAUCCGAACAAGUCAGGCUAUAUCAUUUCGGGAGCGCUGCUUAGAGGUCCAAAGGGAGCUGCUCGAAUCGCUGAGCGACAAGGACCUGCUCCAAAUACCCGAUGACUACAGGAGAAUCUUCGAGCCGGAGGACCACUCCAUCCAGUCUCAGAUUAGUAUGUUAAUCGAGGGAGUAGAGGAUGAAGAUGGCGCAGACUAUGACGCCAGUUUUAAGGAAUUUCUCAGCGAACCCGACCACAAGGAAGACAGCCAUCCAAGAACAUUUGCAAGCAGAGAGGACGAGGACAAUAAUGAUAUUUAUAGUGCAAAAUAUCAACACAUAUCUGAAAACGAUGAAGAAAAAGAAGAGGUACUCAUACCAACACAAAAGUCAGCAAACCAGAGCAGACGACGGAAGCCUGUCAAAUCCGAUGGGAUCUUCAUUUGCGAUGAGUGUGGGAAGCACUUCAAGGGAGAGAAAUCGUUCAAAUUUCAUUGCAAUCGUCAUCGCGGCGUCAAAAACUAUGGAUGCGAACUCUGCAAGGAUAGCUUCUGUACAACGUCGGAACUCAGACGCCACAUGCGGAGGCACACCGGAGAGAAACCUUUUGCAUGUCGCCACUGUUUCCGCUGCUUCUCAGACUACAGUUCGCGACUGAAGCACGAGCGAACACACACGAAUACGCGCCCAUUUUCAUGCAAGGAGUGUGGUCAUGCCUUUUACACCGCCUACGUGCUCAAGAACCACAUGCUCAUACAUACGGGCAAGAGGGCUUUUAGGUGUGAUCCUUGCGAUAAAUCCUUCAGUCGCGAUGUACACCUCACCGCUCACUACCGUUCGAAAGCCCACAAACUUAAGGUGAAGGAAGGUACCAAUUUGCCAUCGGGAAACGAAUCGGAUAAGUAAUAUUAACUUGGAGACCGAAGUCAGAAACAGUAUUACGAACUUCACCUAGGCCAUACAUUAUCGUUUAAGAGGAUCUUUUGUACUAAUCGUCGAGCAAAGAAAAUACUUUUAAAUUA